AUGAGUAAACUCCUCGUCGUCUUUGGUGCGACGGGCAAUCAAGGCGGGUCUGUGAUUAAACAGGUCAUCAACGACCCUUUCCUCGUCAAUGAAUACCACGUUCGAGCUGUCACUCGAGAUAUCUCCAAACCAUCAGCGCAAGCUCUCCAACAAACGGGCAAAGUCCAAGUUGUCCAGGGCGAUGCGGACGACGUCUCGUCUCUGAAACGAGUUCUUGAAGGGGCUCACACUGUCUUUUCUACCACAGCGACCAUCUACGAUGAGCGGCUCGAGGAGCGAGAACUGUCUCAGGGCAAGGAAAUCGCCAAUGCAGCUGUGGCUGUUGGAGCACAAUACCUCAUAUACAGCACCCUCUUCCACAUUGCUCGCGUUUCCGGUGGUAAAUACGACAAGGGUCGUCAUUUCGAUUGCAAAGCGGAGGUUGAGGACUACAUCAGAACAUUACCUAUAAAAAGCUCAUUCUUCGCUGCCGGUUGUUUCAUGCAGAAUUUCAGCUCAAUCAUGAAGCCGUUCCCCGUUGGGGAUGGUACCUAUGCGCUGGCCAAUAUCGUCGCUCCCUAUACAGAACUACCACUCAUCAACGUUGAGGAAGCUGGCAAAUUUGUUGCAACCAUACUUGCCAAUCCUGACGAGUUUGAAGGCAAGGUUCUUGCUGGCGCUACUAAGACAUACACGAUGGAAGAAAUUGCACAGAUUAUGAGUAAAAGCUCAGGGAAAACAGUGAUCUACAAACAGCUUCCAGAAGAAGUCUUCCGCAACUUUCUGCCAUCAACCAUGGCUGAUUAUUUAGUACACAUGCUGCUGUACAUCCAGGAUUUUGGAUAUUAUGGGCCGCAAACAAAGGAGUUGGUGACACAGACAGCAGCCAAUGCCCGGGGUAAGCUGACCACUCUGGAGGAGUAUUUCGCUGAGCAUCCAUUGAACUUGAGUUAA